AUUUUUCUCUCUCUACCUGUAUCCCUGCGAAACCCCGCCUCCUGCACUGGGAUUGAUUGGCUCCUAAUAAUCCCACCUCCUGCACUAAUUAACCAUAAGCUAAAUAAAUAAUAAAACACUUAUUUGAGGGGAUAAACUGCGAUAAAAUUUAACUUUGUGUUUGUACUUUGUGUUUCUCGGCUGUCGAAAUUAUCCCGAGUUCCGCCGUUGCUGUGGAGACAUGACCUGACAGCUCGUGAGCCAAUCAGAGCGCAGGAAAGGGGACGCGCUUGACCUAUGGGAGCAGAGAUGGCGGGGAGGUGAUAGCCAAUCAGAGCGAGAAGGGGGCUGGAUUUUUUUCGGAAUGUAUGCGCGUUUUUUAGGCUAGUCACUCUGUUUCCAUGUUAAGGAGAGAACUGUCUGUCUGUAUAUAUAUUUAUAUAUGUCUAUCUGUCUAUCUGUCUCUUUAUCACUCUGUCCAUUCUGUAGCGAGUGCAUGCAGGACAGUGGCCGCUCCCUGCUAGCGGACCUGUUAGAACAGUCUCGAUUCUCGGCUCGGUAAGCAGAACCGAACCGAACCGGACCGGAGACAGGAUGAGUGACCCAGUGAAGAGCUCUGCGUCCGGCUCGACAUCCAGCAACACCCCGGCUGCUGCCCCGGGCUCGGACACCUACAAAGGCUGGCUUUUUAAAUGGACUAACUAUCUGAAAGGAUACCAGCGGAGGUGGUUCGUCCUCAGUAACGGACUGCUGUCUUAUUACAGGACGCAGGCGGAGAUGGCUCACACGUGUCGCGGCACCAUCAACCUGGCCACGGCGCACAUCGACACGGAGGACGUGUGUAACAUGGUGCUGAGCAGCGGGGGGCGCACUUACCACCUGAAAGCCGGCACUGAGGUGGAGAGGCAGAAAUGGGUGACGGCGCUGGAGCUGGCCAAAGCCAAAGCCAUCCGCAUGAUGAACGACCAGUCGGAUGACUCUGGGGAAGAGGAACCCACGUCACGCUCGGACCGCAGUGAACUGCAGGGGGCGCUGAAGACUUUGGCGAGUAAGCUGGACGAUCUGUGUACGUGUAACGAUCUGAUAGCGAAGCACGGCGCGGCGCUGCAGCGUUCUCUCAGCGAGCUCGAGGCUCUGCGCGUCCCCGUCGAGGGCAGCGAGAAGAUCAAGGCCGUGAACGAGAGAGCCACUCUGUUCCGCAUCACCUCCAAUGCUAUGAUCAACGCAUGCCGUGAUUUCCUGGAGCUGGCCGAGAGCCACAGCCGCAGAUGGCAGCGAGUCCUGCAGCAUGAGCGAGAGCAGCGGACUCACCUGGAAGAGACGAUAGAACAACUGGCCAAGCAGCACAACAGCCUGGAGAGAGCGUGGAGGGAGGCACCGACACACACCUCUAACACACCUGACACCACCUCCACACACACCGGAGUGAGUGAGAGGUCCCGGAAAGAGGAAGCGAGUGAUGAAGAUGAGGAUACAGAAUAUUUCGACGCCAUGGAGGAUUCGCCCGCGUUCAUCACAGUGACGGCUACAGACGUCUCUCAGCAUAGGCGUUCUCAGAGUAAUCUAAGUGGUGCCAGCGGUGGGCAGCCCAGUGACUGGAGCCUGGAGCAACAUUCGUCUCCGAGCUGUAAUGAUUUAUCAGGGAGGGAGGUGCAGACACGCAGGAGGAGGCGGAGCCGAAUCCCAGACAAGCCCAACUAUUCGCUUAACCUGUGGAGCAUCAUGAAGAACUGCAUUGGCAAAGAGCUCUCCAAGAUCCCCAUGCCUGUGAACUUCAACGAGCCCCUCUCCAUGCUGCAGCGGCUGACGGAGGAUCUGGAGUACAGCGAGCUGUUGGAUAAAGCGGCUCGCUGCGAGAAUUCUCUGGAGCAGAUGUGUUUGGUGGCCGCCUUCUCCGUCUCGUCCUAUUCCACCACCGUCCACCGCACGGCUAAACCCUUCAACCCCCUGCUGGGUGAAACGUACGAGCUCGACCGGCUCGACGACUACGGCUACCGCUCCCUCUGCGAGCAGGUCAGUCAUCAUCCUCCGGCUGCGGCGCAUCACGUCAUCUCACAGCGAGGCUGGACUCUGUGGCAGGAAAUCACCAUUGCUAGCAAGUUCCGUGGAAAAUACCUGUCCAUCAUGCCCCUGGGUGCCAUCCACCUGCAGUUCCAUGCGAGCGGGAACCACUACGUGUGGCGUAAGGUGACCUCCACCGUGCACAACAUUAUCGUGGGCAAACUGUGGAUUGAUCAGUCGGGGGACAUCGACAUUGUGAACCACAGAACCAAAGAGACGUGCCAGCUUAAGUUCUCUCCAUACAGCUACUUUUCAAGGGAAGUUCCACGUAAGGUGACAGGUGUGGUGUCAGACAGUGAAGGACAGGCGCACUACAUCUUAUCAGGAACGUGGGAUGACCGAAUGGAGAGCGCUAAGAUUCAGAGCAGCCGAGGCAGCAGCAGUGCAGAAGGCAAACAGAAGACCGUGUACCAAACACUCACACCUCGACUACUGUGGAAGAAAUACCCACUCCCAGAGAACGCGGAGAACAUGUACUUCUUCUCGUCGCUGGCUCUCACGCUGAACGAGGAGGAGGACGGCGUGUGCGUGACGGACAGCCGCCUGCGGCCGGACCAGCGUCUGAUGGAGGAGGGGCGAUGGGACGAAGCCAACAUGGAGAAACAGAGACUGGAGGAGAAACAGAGAGCUGUGAGGAGGAGGAGAGAGGCCGAGGCGUCCGACGCCAUGGACCAAGAGUGUGAGCUUGACUCUGGUCAGGAGUACGAGGGCUACAAGCCUCUCUGGUUCCAUCAGAGGACAGACCCUGUGACCGGGGAGAUGAACUUCGUGUAUAAAGGGGGUUACUGGGAGACCAAAGACCGACAGGACUGGAGCAUGUGUCCGGAUAUUUUCUGAUCGGAGACGGGAGCGAGGACAGGACGUCCUCUAAAAGACUCGCGGAGGAUCCGGGACGCAGAUCCCUGCCUCACCGAGAGAACCGAGACGAUCACAUGGGCGAGAGAUUUAAAGGGAAAGAGCGAGAGAGAGAGACGUCUGAUCUCUGUCCAGUAUUCACCUGAAAGCUGUGUGUGUGUGUGUGUGUGUGUGUGUGUGUGUGUGUGUGUGUGUGUGUGUGUUUAAAAGAGAAGAAGGGGAUUUGGACUUGAACUUUGACCCCUUACUUCUUCCAAAACCAAAUCAGGUGCUCUUUCUUCAGAACAAAAACAACAAUAACAAGAAACAACGCCCUUCCGAGUGCACUCCCUUCGCUCCCUACGCCUAACGAGGACAUAUCACUCAUCACACGUCUCCGUCCCGGACGAUGAAGAAAGAGAUCACUUUAUUCAGUCUCAUAUCGGCGUUACGAUGUGCACACUCAUUAAUAUUUACAUAUCAUUAUAUCCUAAUUUGCAUAUCCCGAAGGACAGCGGGCGGAUAUUUACCCGUCACGAGCUCCGCCUACUCUAAUUCAGAUUAAAGCAGGGACAUGCCUUUCCUAAUCCUCAACAACAACGAAUAUCUUAAACAGGUUUUUUUUUUAAAUAAUAAUGAAAAAAACAAAGCUUCCUGAAGUGUCGAGAGCCGUCGUCUGUGUGUCGGUGACGCGCUCAGUGACGCGCUCCAGAUUAAAUAUCGGAUUCAUGUUUUAAAGCGCGAGCUGUUAAACGGUUAAAGGAAUAGUUUGGGGAAGAUUUGUAAUCCAGGUUCGUCUGUAAGUCUAAUGCGACGCUCGCUGGUAGUUAGCUAAAAAAAUCCGUCACCUGAAAUCUUAAUAAAUCCACGUCUGAUUAAACGGAAUUUUAACGGAAUAAAAACUAACAGAGAUCGCUUUCUACGGCAGUGUAUAGUCAGAACACUGCAGGACGGACUUCGCUCGCUAUUAUUAGUAUUAUUAUUAUUAUUAUUUGCUUAUGCGUUGCUCAUUAAAUAUAAAAAACAAACUUCAGACAGCGGAAUGUUUUGCGUAGAUUCAAAAAGUUUUUUCUCCAAACUUUUCCUUUAAACGGGCAGAUGAUCAGCGAGAACUUAUUAUUAUUUUUAUUUUUUUAAUCAGUAAUAGUCUCAAGGGAAAUCUUUAGCUUUAGUGAUUGUUAAUAAAACAUAGCCAUAUCUCAUUCUUUCUGAGAUUUCUAACAUAGUGUGCUUUCAGUGAUUUAAAAUAAAUAAAUAAAUGAAUGAAUGAAUGAAUGAAUGAAUCAGCACACAUGAAUUAGCAUAACUCCCGUUCCUCCUGAAGACCUGCAGAAAUCCUCAAAGGCCUCGCGCAGAAUAGCGCAGAAUAACGCAGGAGAAACAGUAUUUUUGUAGACGAUAUAUAUCUCGACGUCCUCACCUCCUCAGUGUCGUCAGACCGAACGUCUGUUGUCUUAAAUCUCAAAAUAAAAUAAAUAAAUAAAUGAAUGAAUAAAGAUCCGAUCCGAGACUCGGUCCUGUGGCUUCUCUGAAGUUUUCCUCCCGCUGUUGAGAAUGUAGAAUUUAGCGCGCAGGUGUACGGUGUUACCUGUCCCGACUCUGCUGUGUUUAUGUUUUAUGAUGACGGAGAAGAGGAUUUAAAGCACGAAUUAUAAAUAAGGAGAGUUAUAAACGAUGAUAUGAUUAUAAUUAAUAUAAAGAGGAGACGAGCGAGUAACGAAGCUACUGUACGGGAAAUAUUUACUGUCAAUGUGUCUUAUAAUCUGAGAUGAUCUCGCUAGGCUAAAAGGUUUCAUUUUUGACACGCUUCCGUGGUUUGAUUUGAAAUUUUAAUAUUUUGUAUUAAAAGAGAUUUGCUCACACGGUCA